AUGUUAAAACGCGUUUAUGACUUUUUUGGUAGUGAGGAGAGUGCUGAUUUAGAAUCAUCGAAUUGUCAAGGAUAUGAAAGGGCACAAGAUGAUAUUACUCAAGUCUCAUCGUUCUCUUGGGAUCUACGAUUGCAGUGUUUUCUGGGAUGUUUUUGUCUCUCACUAAUAUGUUCGUUAGCAGGAAGUGCCUUACUUUUUUCAUGGAAAAUUACCGGUUUCACCGUAAUGGUGUCUCUUGGUAGUAUAUUGUCGUUGUUUGGGACAUGUUUUCUAAUGGGUCCUUUAAAGCAAUUAAAGAAAAUGUUUGAGCAAGGACGGUUUUUGGCAUCAGUUAUGUAUUUGCUUUCAAUAGUUUUCACAUUAAUAUCUGGUAUUGUUUUGUCUAAUCCACCGCUGGCACUUAUUUCUGUUAUUGGGCAAUACAUUGCAGUUGUUUGGUACUCACUAACAUACAUACCCUUCGCUCAGCAUAUGAUAUGGUCUCUGUGUUGUCGUUGCUUCAGAUAA